AUUUCUACGUACUCCAUAUACAUUCUCGCUCCAAUCUAGCUAUACAACUCUUCCUGAUUUCUUUGUCUCAUCUCUGAAAAUGAUGACGCAGAGUCACAGCAACCGGGUGGCUCUCCGGUCAAAACUAACGGCAGUAUCGAGCCGGCCGGUGAACCCUGGUACGAUACAUUGUUUCACUGGUCUGGACCGAGCAAUGGCCCUGCACAGCGUUCACGUGGUAUUCUACUACAAGGAGAAGCUCUUCACAUAUUUUGACCUGGACCCUUUUAGGGUGUGUCUCUCUGAGGCGCUGUCGCUUUACCCGCCGGUGACGGGUCGGAUAGUCCGGAGAGAGGACGACGGUGAGUGGGAGGUCAAGUGUAACGAUUCUGGGGUGAGGGUGGUGAAGGCCACGGUGGCGACAACACUUGAUGAGUGGCUGAUAUCUGCUGAUGAGGCGGAGGAGAGGCUGUUGGCGGCGUGGGAUGAUAUGCCUCAGCAGGGUGAUCCUAGCUUGUGGUCGCCGUAUAGAAUCCAGAUAAAUGAAUUUGAAGGAGGAGGAGUAGCCAUUGGAUUAAGCUGCUCCCACAUGCAAGCAGACCCAACUUCUGCAACCCUGCUUAUCAAAUCAUGGGCCGAGACUCACCGCCGUGAAGCCGUCGUACACCCACCGUCCUUCGGUGACUUGUCAGAUUCGUCACUCACUCGCGGAUCACUUAGCAUUAACAACUCAAAGUCACUAAGCGCUUAUUACGAAGCCAAGUCCAUGGCAACAAAGACUCCAUUGGUACCGAAGAAAAUGGGCACAGCCACUUUCAAAUUUUCCGAUGAAGCUAUCAAGCAAAGCCUCUUAGAAAUCCACCAAACAUGCCCUGUUGCCACCCCGUUUGAUUUGCUCGCCGCGCUCUUUUGGGCACGCAUUGCUCGCUUGAAGCACUCGAAAAGCGAAAGCAAGCAUUCCCUCUCCAUUUGUGUCGACUUCAGGAAGAAGCUGCAGCUGUCUUAUGGGUACUACGGCAAUGCGUUACAUUUUUCGUUGCUUACAUUACCUGACGUAGAAGUCAAGCAAGACUUGGGGGACGUGGCCGGAGCCGUGCACCGCCAUGUCUCGAGUCAGGGGGAGGAGGAGUUUUGGUCUGAUAUAGACUGGUUUGAGUCCAGAAAUGGAGAGGGAGGUGAGUCUAGGGCACCUUUUAGGAUGUAUGGCCCCCAGUUGACAUGCAUGAGCAUGGAGCAUAUGAUCGAGUUUCCUGGGAGUACUGGGAAUACGCCGUUGAUGCCAUACAGCUGUAUUUGAUAAGGAGAGGAGACCCGUACACGUGUCGUAUCAUGUCGGAAAUGUGGAAGGGGAAGGGUUGAUAAUGGUGACGCCAUCUCCGGAAGGAGGGCUCGCGAGGAUGGUUACGGUGACGUUGCCGGAGGAGGAACUAGAGCAGCUUCGUGAGGAUGAAAUUAUUCUGAGCCAAAACCCAGUAAUGAUCGUAAGUGGGACGAGACAAGCAUAAAUUUUCUUUUAUAUCCAAGGAAUAAAAAGGUCUUAACGAUCUUUUUCGAGUUGAUUUUGUGUUUAUGUAUGUUAAAUGUGCAUGAUUAUUACAGUUCUAAAAUUGUAUUAAAAUAGACCUGAUAGUCUCACACAUCUUGAGCUUGAUUUUAUAUAUUCUGUUUACUUCAGUGACUCUCUCUCUCUCUCUCUCUCUGGGUCUCUAUCAGAGCUAGGAGAUUAGGGUUUUCUUGAUUGAAACCAUUAUUAGGUUAAUUAUACUGUAAGAGGUCAUAUAAUGAAAUCUUUAGUCUUCCUUAUG